CCUCACACACUUUCGUUCUCUCCUUUAUGUGGCUAUAUCUAUCCUUAGAUAGUUUUAAGUUCAGGAACUAUUGGACUCUGAUGCUAACUAUGAGUAUCACUUGUAUAAUCAGACUUAUAUGGGCAGAAUUUUGAGGGUUAAUUUCUCAGACAAACCUAAGCCCAAGGAACAUUUGUUUCCAGAAACUGAGUAUAAACUCUUUGUUCGAAACUUAGCUUGGUCAGUAACAUCAGAAAGUUUGACACAAGCAUUUCAAGAAUAUGGAAAUGUGGUAGGAGCAAGGGUCAUCUAUAACGGGGAGACCGGAAGGUCACGUGGUUAUGGCUUUGUUUCUUACUCAACAAAAUCAGAGAUGGAGACAGCUCUUGUCGCUCUUAAUGAUGCGGUAUUUGAAGGCAGGGUAUUAAGUGUAAGCUUGGCUGAAGGAUCACAAGCACAAGGGCAAAUGUUGAACUGAUUUAUUGCAUGUUAGCAUACAAUGACUGGACAAACCUGGAGUGACGGAAUCUUGUCUCUUCUUUCUUUUUGUAUGUACCCCAUCUCUUCAUUCUUGUGGUAGAUA